UGCCGGGGGCCGUGAUUGGGAACAGAUGGAGAUGGAUUGGCUUGGCUCGUGCAUGAAUCUUGAAGGCGUCCGCCACCACCAGUGACCAACAUCGCCUCUCACCAUUUGAAUGGUAUUUUUGUGAUCUUUUUUACAUGGUGGUUUAGAGCAUCGUUUUCUUCUCAUAGAAUCCCCUCGCAUAUACACUGUACAGAAAAGAUAGAUAGACCAUGGUGCUCCGAAAGUUCGAGCUUGAGGCUAAGCUCAAAGACGAUAACCAGCUUAUUCAGACUGGGGUCUUGCGAAAUGAGCACCCCUUCGACACAUCGCCAGAAUUCCACGAUUUUUUGAUGGCAUGUCGCCGCGGUGAUUUGAAGCGGUGUCAGGAACUGAUCUCUGAGGGCGUUAACAUCAACGGCAAAGACGCUUACGAUUAUACCCCGCUCAUCAUUGCCAGUCUCUGUGGUCAUUAUGAACUGGUGCAGCUGUUGUUGGAAAGCGGGGCCCUGGCCGACCCAGACUCGUUUGAGAGAGAAAGAGCCGUAUACAACGCCUUGAACAACAAGAUUCGGAAUUUGCUGCUUUCAUAUGAUUACACCAAGACAGCGGAUCCGUUGCAGUACUGGUCGACCCAUAUCACAUCUCUGCUGUCUCGUGAGAUUCCACCAACAUCAGACAUUACCCUGUCAGCACCAAACGAGGACUUUCACCUGCACAAGUUCAUCCUGUCAGCGAGGUCACCAUAUUUCAAGAGAAAGUUUGCGGAAGCGCCCGACACUACCACCUGGAAACUGUCUCACAACGUUCCUGUUGAGGCCUUCCGGAUAGUCCUUCGCUAUCUUUACUUGGGUGACCUCCCCCGAGAUUUCGUCACCCCACGAAGCACCGUCACCGAGGAAGAGGUCUUCAAAGGCAUCGACAAGCUCUGCAAGCAACUGGAAAUCGACAAGCUCUGGGAAGCCGUCCUCUCCAAUGACCGCCGACUAGCCCGCCAACGCCAGCAAGACGAAGUCGCCCGCGCACAAAAUCAGAUCUCGGCCUUCUUCCGGGACACAGUUCUAAAACACAAAAUCGAAGUAGACACUCGCAAAGCCGGCCAGGUAAAAUGGCCCCAGCACAACGCCAUCUUUGCCAAUGUAUUCCUUCAAGCCGAUGAGGAGCUCCCAGAGGAUGACGCCCCAGAAGAAGAGGAAGAUGAAUCUCACCCCCCAACUCCAAACGGAGGCGGCAUCCCCAUCGGCCCAGCCGGCUCUUCCAAACCACCCACCAAAACCCCAAAGAAACCCCGGCGCUCAACCCUCUACCCAGUCCACAAACCCUUCCUGAUCCGCUCCCCCUACUUCGCAACAAUGUUCGCCUCCCCCUUUCUGGAGUCUCAACCCUCCUCCCACCUCCACAUCAUCCACAUCGACUGCACCCCCCCAGUCCUAGAAGUAAUCCUCUCCUACCUCUACACCGAAGUCUCCACCUGCCCCCUCGAGCACGCCCUCGAGCUCCUUUACGCCUCCGACAUGCUUCUGCUCGACGCACUCAAGUCAAAGGCCGCGGUCACGAUUUCAACCCUCGGAUCAGGCAACACCAACGCUUUGGUCGACCGCACGCACCACCACGAUGAUGGAUCGACAACAAAGGAAAAGGUAGAGCAGGAACCGAUCAACGUUUAUGAUGUCAUCCACGCGGCGUGGGACUUGUCAGUUCAGCGGCUGGAGGAGUUUUGCGCGAGGUAUCUGGCGAGCAGGCUUGAGGAUUACAUUGACGAGAAGGAGUUUCACGACUUGAUCGCGGAGAGUGCGAGUAGGCUGAAGGCGAGGCAGGAGACGGACACGAUCGAGUUGUUGGAUGAUAUCAGGUAUUAUCUGGGGGAGAGGUUCAGGUUGAGGUUUGAGGGGGAGGGGUUGGAGGAGAUGUUGGAUGAUGAGCAGUUUGCGGAGGAGGAGUAUCAGGGGUUGGACCUGGAGGGACCGGAUGUUGGGUUGGAGGAGUUGGCGAUGACGAUGGGGGGAGGGGAGGAUGCGGGUUAUGUGGGGAAUGGGGACGAGGCCGUUGUUGAGGGGGUUGAUAGGGGGGAUGAAGGGGAAAGGGGGGGAGUGGUUACCUUGGGGGGGGAGGUGGUGGAGGAUGAGUUUGCGAGUGAUGCGGUGAAUUAUCAUAUUUUGGUGGAGAAGAUUGAUCGGAUGUUGGAGAGUCUGAAGUUGGAUGCCUGA